GCAGCUCCCCACAGUCACAGUCCGGUGCCAAGCGGUCGAUUUGAGCCGCAUUGAUCAUCAAUUUCGCACCAGUCCAGUUGUCGUGGCACCAGGCCGCGAUUUUUGCCGUGGAGGCAUUGCUGCCUACACUGCAGCUCCCGCACGCCGCAGUGCAGUGAUGCGACGGAUUCCGACCGCCGCCGGGCUCGCCACGACUGCCUUAGCAUCGAGCCUCUCGUCGCGCGGCCUGCGCGCGGCCUCAUACGUCGGCACCGCUACGCGGUCGCGCGAAGUGCCCGACAGGGUCUCUCUCGCAGUCGCCCAGAAUGCUUUAAUGGACGACAUACUGCUGCCGCGCGUCGCGAUGGCCGCGGCGGCCGCGUCGUCCCAGGUGCGCUACGCGCCGUCGUGGCUCGGCGCCCCCGCAGCGCGCGAAGGCUUUGCUCAACUUUACAACGAGCACAUUCUCCAGACUGGCAAGCUGGACGCUUCCCAGGUCGCGGUCGUCGGGUCGGCCACGGCUGCGAUCGAUUUGCUGCUGUACGCGACGUGCGAGCGCGGCGCCGUCGUCCUGACGCCGGCGCCGUACUACGGCUCCUACAAGCGCGACGCCGAGGCUCGGGCGGAGUGCCGACUAGUCGGUGUCCCGUCGGAGCACGGCGUCCCUUCGGAGGCGCAGCUCGAGGCCGCGUGGACGGAGGAGGCGAAAUGCUUGCUCCUGGCGAGCCCGCACAACCCCUGCGGGACCGUGUUUCCGGCCGAUGCGUUGCGCGCGUGCGUGCGCUGGGCGCGGCGGCGGGGGGUACAGGUCGUCGUGGACGAGGUCUUCGCGCUGUCCGUCUUUGAGGACAGUUUCACGUCGGUACUGGAUCUUCUAGAUGACGACGACCGGCACGUACACGUCGUAUACUCGGCGGCCAAGGAUCUGGCCCUGAGCGGCUACCGCGUCGGCGCCAUCGCGACGCGCGAUGCUUCGGUGCUGGACGCCGUCGCGUCGGCCGGGGCGUUCUGCGCGGCCUCGACAGUAACUCAAGCUAUCGUAACCGAGCUCUGCACGGACGACCGGUGGCUCCGCGACGAGUGGAUCCCGGCGCUGCGGUCACGGCUCGCCGAGUCGUGGCACUCGGCGCGACGAUGCCUCGAGACCGAAGGCCUCCCAGUCGUCGGCGAGCCGGCGGCGGGCCAUUUCUGCCUCUUGGACCUGCGAGAAACGCGGUGCGACGAGCGUGCCCUCGAGGCGGUCGGCGUCGUGCUCACGCCCGGCCCGCUCAUGGGCGCGCCCGAGGGCUUCUACCGGCUCUGCCACGCCGCGGAGUCGUCGGAGGUCGUGGCAGCGGCGAUCGCGCGCGUGGGGCGGGUAGCGCGCGGUGAUAGUAAUUUGUAGAGUUGUUUU